UUAUUGCUGGCAUUACUGAUGCAUUGCGUGUGGACGUCAGUUUGUGAAAAUGCCCCUUAUAGGUUGAUCUGUGUGUUGAUUUGGUAGUCGAACAGGUUGGUUAGGUUCCAGCUCUACUCUGGCUGGUAUUAGUUGCGCACAUAGACACUGAGCGAGUCGGUUUGGAGAUGCCAAAGCGCCUCCUGACUGUUAUGCACUCAAUACAAAGCAGAGGGAUCCGGUAGCACAAUCUGGGACUAUCGAUUGAUCUCCAGGUUUAGAGAGAAUCCAGGGAACCUUUCUCUCUCAUUUGGUCUUCUUUGGAUCAGAGACUGUCGGAUGCCUUGGUGAUGGGAUGUAGGAGAAGAGCCCAUGAAAGCUUCCCCUCGUUUGGAAAGCGAGACAUACCGUUUGAUUAUCGCAGGGAAUAAGUUUCGAUUUGAGUUCAAGCAAAUCUGGAAAUAAAGAAACGAGGACUAGAAGGAAUACACCAAAAAUCAGAAGUGAACGCACUGGACAUUCACACGAUUGUGCACUAAGGGGGUUAAUAAUACAGUCACCUAGGGAUCGGGAUCUUAAUUUCUCUUUCUGAAACGUUAGUUUUGGGACUACGACACUCGGAUUUUGGAAGGCAACAUUUUUGGGGGAAAAAAACAAACCAAGAACUAAGACUCUUUUUGGUCUGAUUGCAAUGGGAAUGCAGAUUUUAUAAUCAUUAGAGGUCAAAUGAAAAUAUUUGCUUGUUUUUUAUUCUAAAUCUUGUAUUAAUGAAAUGGAAAAUCGGGGACUCUACAGCGUCCUUUAUUACCUGAUGCUGAAUGCGCCCCUAUUAUUGUAUGUAAAUGCGACAUUUACUGAAGUCCCCAAAGAUGUGACUGUCCGAGAGGGAGAUGAUAUUGAGAUGCCUUGUGCUUUCCGGGCCAGCGGAUCCACAUCCUUCUCCUUGGAAAUCCAGUGGUGGUAUCUUAAGGAACCCGCAGCAAGGGAACUUGCACAUGAACUGGCUAUUAGUGCCCCCGCAAACAGAGCCAAGGUCACUCCAAGGGACGCCACCAAAAUAAGUACUGUAAGAGUUCAAGGCAAUGACAUCUCACACCGCCUCCGACUCUCCAAUGUAAGAAAGCUGGAUGAGGGGGUCUAUGAGUGCAGGGUGUCCGACUAUAACGGCGACGAGACUCGGGAGCACAAAGCCCAGGCCGCUUUGCGGGUCACAUCCCGCUUCUCCCCUGAUAUGCAGGCUGCAGAGGCCGUCUCCCACAUCCAGAGCAGCGGGCCCCUCAGGAACAAUCCUGCCGGGAGAGCCACCUCCGAUCCAGGACAGGACAAACGCCGUGUUCCACUUGCAGCAGGAGUUGUCCCGGUCUCUGUCUGUACAACUGCAGUUGCUGAUACCGCCUCGUCCCCAGCUUCAUCCCAGCCUGGCAAUGCAGCCAUCCUCCGACAGCAGCACGGAGCCGGUUCCGGAGCUACUUCCACCAUCACAGCCCCCCUUCUGUAUAUUUCUCUGCUGAUCUUCCAUAGGCUUUUUCCCUUACUGGUGAACCAUUGAUAGACUUCGACAAGCAAACUACAAUACUACAAUCUUCGAUCAAUGUUUUCACUUGUACCAAACAAAAAGGGAAAUAUACCUGUAUGGCACACCGUGGAGUAAUAAGAAAAAACAAACAAACCAGGAUUCACAGAAGAACGACUGUCUUAAAGCUGGAUGUAAACAGACUGUAAGAAGCAUGACAAAAAAAAAAAAAUUAAAAAAGUUAAUUAAUUAAUUAAUUUAAAAUAAUUUAUGUGAAAUCAAGCUUCACAAUUGUGGGAAAUCUAGUGUCGCACACAACCGACAUCCACAAAACGAUGCAUCAAGUUUCCAAAUACUAGAGCGUCAAGCCCUGCCGUGUGCAUGGCAUCUAUGGUUUAUAUUAUUGUAAGUAACAUGAUUUUCCUUUGCAAAAUGGGUUCCUCCCAUUAUCUUACAUGUCAAAAGUCAGGUCUGACAUCUCUGUUACGGAGGACAACGUUUAGGUAGAUCAAUGUGUUUUAUUUUGUUUUGUUUUUUUGAUCUUGUUUUUUUUUUUUCAAACAUUUUAUGUCAUAUAUAUAAAUAUUACUUGUAAUAUAUUUUGACUAAAUAAGGCACACCUUACCAUAGUUACUAACCACCUUCAAUAAUGUUUAUUUUUAUUAAAGAUGGUAAAGAAGAUAUGACAUUAAUUUAUAAACAGUUUUGGUAUAUUGCCAACACCAGUUGAAAUAAAAGAUUUUGAAAUAAA